AUGUCCGAUAUCGACGCCGCAGCCUCUUUUCUCGACCAUCCUUCGAACGGCGACGAGAACGACGAAGUUGACUCGUUGCCGUCAGACUCCGACUCCGACGAUGACACUACGAGCGAGGACUAUUCAGAGUCCGAUGCGGAAAGAGAGUGGAAGGAGAGUCUACAGCAGCUGGAACUGUUGCUUACAAUGGUGAUCGUACCGUACAUGGGCAAAUACUUUGGAAGGAAGUUUGCAUAUUGGGGGUGGAAACAGUACAUGGAGUGGAAUUAUCCUGUCGAGGUUGUCGUGACGAACAAAUCAGCUUUCAAAGGAUUCGGCGCAGUCGUAGCAGCAGCUCCAUUAUGA